CCAGAUAACUGAAACUAACCUUCGCUCAUUCCUGCCCGGACUCCGUCCCCAUGGGACCGCUUGGGUGACUCGGAGAAUUCAGUGAAAACCUGGCUCCAAGUCUGCAGCUUCUAAUCUGCUUCCCAGACCGAAACUGGGUCACAGUUAAACUCGGUGCCUUCGGAGUCGGCCAGGGGAAUCUCGAAUGUCCCCAUAACUGGGCCCUGGUGACCAACGACGUGAAGCCAUGUGGCAGCUGUCGAUCCCACUGGCCCUGUGGCUGGGCACAGUGGGCUUGGGCAGGGCCGAGCUCACGGAGCUCCAGCACCAGGCCCUGCAGGUGGCCCUGGAGGAAUUCCACAAGCACCCGCCUGUGCAGUGGGCCUUCCAGAAGACCAGUGUGGACAGUGCCAUGGACACGCCCCUCCCAGCGGGGACUUUUGUGAGGCUGGAAUUUAAGCUCCAGCAGACUAGUUGCCGGAAGAAAGACUGGAAGAAACCCGAGUGCAAAGUCAAGCCCAGUGGGAGGAAGCGGAAAUGCCUGGCCUGCAUCAAGCUGGACUCCAAGAGCAAAGUUCUGGGCCGGAUGGUCCACUGCCCCAUACAGACGCAGGCUCCACGGGAGUCCGCGGAGCUGCACCAGGAGUCGCAGUGCAGCAGGGUGGAGCGCGCCGGCGAGGACCCCCACAGCUACUACUUCCCGGGACAGUUUGCCUUCUCCAAGGCCCUGCCCCAUGGCUGAGCCCUGGACUGAUCCACUUUCCUCUUCUCUAGAACGGCACCCCGUUUCCUGUACAGCUCCAGGAGACGAGCAGUGGAAGACCUGCCCUCCCAGGAAGACAGGCCAUUAUAUCCCGGCUAAUAAAGUUGCUGUCCGA